AUGGUUUGUGCUCCUCCUCUCUCAGGAUCAGUUCCUCCAUACUACAGGGAGGUGUAUGAGGCCAUCCGGAGUAAGAUAGAUGAACGAGUGCAGGUUGAGGUCUUCCAGAGGUUGCUCAGCAGGACAGAUCUUCCCAGUGCUGUGCAGGGCCAGGUGAACACAAAACGUUUGCUUUACUUGUCACAGCUAUAAUUAGAAUGCCCGCCAAAUGUGGAAAGGAAGUUUGUGGUUAGGUUUUUUAGGCUCAUGUUUUUGUUGUUAUCACACAGAAGCACAGACUGGUUUGUUAUGUAUUAGGGUUUUCUAUCUGCUUCCCUUCUUGGAACUCCAAGAAAAGUGAACAAGACAUUCUUCAGAAUAGGAGGUAGACACUAGACAGAAAAUACUUGCAAAAUAUCUAGCGCUCUUUGAUACAAACCAUUCAACUCUAUCCAAAGACCCUCUCAAGCCUAUAUUUGUUUUACCACUAAGUACUAAGGGGGUAAUUACAAUACUAGUUCCAACACCAGUUAUUAGUAAGGGUGUUUUCUCCAAACUAUCUCCUUGCUGCCUUUUAAUUAGUGGUAUUUGCUUCAGUAAAGCUUACUCGAAAGUGAUGGUAUUUGAGGGGAUGACGUUUAAAAGUUGUGUUAUUAAGUGCACAUGGACAUGGAAAAUAUAAUGUGUUACACAUUAUCCAUGGAAACACUUCAUAGAUUUAUUUCAGCUGAGGCCUCAUGGUUCAGUUUGAUGUCUCUUACUGUAGUAUAUCAAUACUAAAGUGUUUUCUGCAUUUUCUUGUCAACCACUGCUGGAUUUAGACCUUGGAUUGAGCAAUGACCUUUUAAGAGAGUCAUAGUAUGUCCUUGUCUUUUCCAGAUUGCUGAGCAUGUUAACUACACUGAUGGAUUCUUAAGCAAGUUGUCCCUCUAUAAAGCACUGGCGUUGAUUGCACUUGCUCAGCAAGGAAAGCAACCAAGCCCGAAACUCUUGGAGAACUGCAUACAAGGUAAGCCUUUGAACUAGUUGUUUUCAAGUGAGGACACCGCAGUAAAUGUGUAGCUUAAUGAGUAGCUUGACUGUUUAGUAUCUAAGGUCAAGAACCAUUGUGACUCCUAUAAACAGCUUGUGUGAGAAAGUUCAGUUCACUAUAUAUUUAUUGUGUGAAGUUUAAUAUGCAUGUGACAAGCUAAAGUACACAUUGUAUUUGCACACAAAACAAGCAAGUGUGCUGUGCCAAAAAGGUGGUCCUAGUUUUAACAUAGUGUGUUGUAUGUGUUGGCCGGUUUCCUCUAACCGCUGGGCAUUGCGUCCAGGAAUACACCAGCUCCCGUCCCAGAGAGUUACAGGAAGAACUCUUCCCUCUCUCUCAUGUACACUUGUAUUUCUUGAUUAUAUGAAUCAAUUUACUUUCACAUGCUGCGGCUAGGUUUUUGUGAAGAAAAGCAUGAGUGUUACAGUGUACAGUACCAUUAAGUUGGAGAGGAGGAUGAGUCUUUGAUUUUUCAGAGGUAGCCAUUACUCCAAACACAGCCCUGAGUUAGAGCUCUGUUCCAAAGCUCAUAUGAUUAUUUAGGGCCCUCUGUGUUAUUUCAGGUGCUGCCAAUAUGGCAGCUGACUGCUUUCUGUGAAACUGAUGUCAUGUUUUCUCUGCUGAGCUAUGGUAGAACUGGUUUCCUGGUUGUUGUAGGAAGUUGAUUAACUCUGCUCAUACCUCUCUGUGAAAUGUGCAAGGAGGGUUGAAUUCAGGAUCACAUGAAUCACACCCUCAUCACUGUUGUUUGAAAGACUGUGGGGAUCUAGAUGUGAUGCCUAGUUUAGAAAGAAUGCAUUAAUGAUUAAAUAUAAUAGGUUUGUACUGUACUGUUGUUUCACAUAACAAGCUGUGAUUCAUGUGAGGAACGUUAGGGGGUAGGAUGAGAUAAGACUUGUAUUUCUCACAGACACGAACACUGCCUCUUUGUGAUCUGUGAACCAGAUUUGAAUACCAGAUUUGAAUUGACGCAACUUAACAAGACGAAAGAGACAUUUGAGUUUAGGGAGAGGCAUGUGUGCUUUCUGAUGGUGUCAAGUCUAGUUUCCUCAAUAUUACGAAAGGUGUACCGCAGAGGUCGGUAUUGGGACCUGUUCUCUUUACUAUUUAUAUACAGUGGCGUGAAAAAGUAUCUGCCCCCUUUCUAAUUUUCUUUACUUUUGCAUAUUUUUUAUACUGAAUAUUAUCAGAUCUUCAACAAAAACCUAAUAUUAGAUAAAGGGAACCUGAGUGAACAAAUAACACUACAAUUAUAUACUUAUUUAAUUUAUUUCAUAAAUAAAGUUAUGCAACACCCAAUGCCCCUGUGUGAAAAAGUAAUUGCCCCCUUACACUCAAUAACUAGUUGUGCCACCUUUAGCACAACCAGGAACCAAACGCUUCCUGUAGUUGUUUAUUAGUCUCUCACGUCGCUGUGGAGGAAUUUUGGCCCACUCUUCCAUGCAGAACUGCUGUAACUCAGCGACAUUUGUGGGUUUUCAAGCAUGAACUGCUUGUUUCAAGUCCUGACACAACAUCUCAAUUGGGAUUAGGUCUGGACUUUGACAAGGCCAUUCCAAAACUUAAAAUGUGUUGCUUUUUACCCAUUUUCAUGUAGACUUGAUUGUGUGUUUUGGAUCAUUGUCUUGCUGCAUGGCCCAGCUGCGCUUCAGCUCACAGACGGAUGGCCUGACAUUCUCCUGUAGAAUUCUCUGAUACAGAGCAGAAUUCAUGGUUCCUUCUAUUAAGGCAAGUCGUCCAGGUCCUGAGUCAGCAAAGCAUCCCCAAACCAUCACACUACCACCACCAUGCUUGACCGCUGGUUUGAGGUUCUUACUGGGGAAUGCAGUGUUUGGUUUUCGCCAGGCAUAAUGGGUCCCAUGUUGUCCAAAAAGUUAUACUUUUGAAUCAUCUUUUGAAUCAAUAAUAGAACAUUCUUGCAAGAGUCUUCAUGAUCAUCCAGGUGCUUUUUGGCAAACUUGAGUCAACUUUUUGGACGACAUGGGUGCCAUUAUGCCUGGCGAAAACCAAACACUGCAUUCCACAGUUGACCAAGCUAUGUUAGAGCUGCGAUCUGAUUUUGUUGCAUUACAGAAAGCCCUUGUUGAUUUAAAACGUGUACUUAAUGCGGGCAAAACUAAAUAUAUGUUAUUCUCUAAGAUGAGCUGCAUAUUCACUAAUUGGAUGGUUCUCUCAUCGAGCGGGUUCCCGCCAAUAAAUAUCUGGGCGUUUGGAUUGAUAAAGAUCUAACGUUUAAAAAACAUACUGAUUAGCUAGUUAAAAAGCUAAGAUUUAAUGUGGGCUUCUUUUAUCUUGUCUCUCCAUGAACAGCAGGAAGCUCUGCUCCACAAGUUUCCAACAUACCUCACUUCCCUGUUUAAAUAUUAAAAUAUGAGAUACCAAUCCCGUUCUGAGGUUUUCUUAACUCUUGAGGUCCCAGUUGUCUCCACAAAGUUUGGUAAAUUUGCCUUUAGUUUUAACGCACCACAGUUAUUGAAUACCUUACUAAACAAAUUACACCUGGAUUCCCUGGUACCGAUAGGGCAGUUUUUAAAACUCUGUUGUUAAAUGAGUUCACUGAAGUGUGCAGUUGUUUCAAUUGACUAUUAUAACUUGUUGUAAUAAUCGUAUGUAAUGUAUUUAUAGCUGUCUUGUAGUUUAUUUUCUAUAUUUUGUUGUUGUAUUGAUUACAUUUUUGUCCUCAAGGCACCAUUGCAAAAGAGACACUGGUCUCUUUUGGGCUCCCCUGAUUAAAUAAAUGUUUUUUAAAAAUGUGAAUGGGAGAAUUCAAGUGUCUGAAGGAUCAGACUUUUAUUUUAUUUAUUUAUUUCACCUUUAUUUAACCAGGCAAGUCAGUUAAGAACAAAUUCUUAUUUACAAUGACGGCCUACACCGGCCAAUUGUGCGCUGCCCUAUGGGACUCCCAAUCACGGCCGGUUGUGAUACAGCCUGGAAUCGAACCAGGGGGUCUGUAGUGAAGCCUCAAGCACUGAGAUGCAGUGCCUUAGACCGCUGCGCCACUCGGGAGCCCCCAGGAUCAGACUUACCGUCUGAUCCUUCAGACACUUGAAUUCUCCCAUUCACAUAAGGGAGGUGAAAUGUCAAAUGUACAUUGGAACAUGCUUGCUUUUCCCACACAACAUGGAUGUGUGUAGUAAAACAUUUUUAUUCAAACCUGCACUACAGGGAAUCAUAAAUUAUGUAUAUUAGUUCAAUACAGCUGGAUGUGUACACCUUGUCUGUGAGCAUAGCUGUGCUGAUUGCCUUCUAGAUAAAUGAGUAUAUGAGAGCAUUGGUUACUCAUGUUUGACUUGGUGUUUGUUUGAAAGAGUUCCCUAAGCCCCAACUUGGUGAGUUCAAGGACCUCCAGAAUCUGAGGAUGCAGCCAACUCAGGAGAGCCCCCUCACAGUGUCCCAGACCCUGGGCAAGCUGCUGGCCAGGGAUACAGUCCAGGUGGAGCUAAUUCCUGAGAAGAAGGGUCUGUUCCUCAAACACGUGGAGUACCAGAUCACCAGCCAGGUGAAGGCUGCAUUUAAUUAUAUAUGAUCGUAACAAAAAUGGCCUUCGUUAGAAGAAGGAAAUUAUUCAUAAAAAACGUCAAGCACAUACUUUACCAUAUAUUUACCUUUUUAAUUUUUACUAGGAAUUUUGAUCAUAACUCCAAAAAGCCAGUAAUUCCCUCUGGCUCUAUUGUUGGCUCCUCAAUUAUUUCUGGAUUUUUGGCUUGGUGAAACGAAUGGCUUUAAUGCUUGUUAUAAAGGGUCCAUCUAAGAAUUAAUGUAUACAUACUGUACAUUGCAUCGUUUACACUGGAUGCCUCAGCUGAACAGAGCUGGUGUUGUUUCUGUGCAGUGAGCAUUUACAAUCAGUAUGAACCAAAGCCAACGCAUGACAAACACAUCCAUUGUCAAUAUAUUUGUUGAAUUCACAACCCAAAGCAUUAUGUUAUUUUGUACAUCUCGGUUAUUCACUGAUAAUGUUUGUUUUAACUUUUGUAGCGUUUUAAGAUAUCCGUUUACCGGCGGUACAGUGAUUUCGAUGUCUUCCACGAGCUCUUACUGCAGAGGUUUGCCUACAGAAUGGUGCCUGCACUGCCGCCUAAGAGAAUGCUGAAAGGAGGUAUAUAUAGGAUGUCAGUCAGAACAUUUGCUUAUUAGGAGGAGAGUGAGGCUUUGAUCUGUAGAUACUAGUGUUCCAAUCUGCAUCAGAGCUGGGGUCCCGCUGCCCCAAGGGAACUCCAAUGGUAUUAAUCCAACUUCACUCCGUGUUCCUACAGCAGACAUUAACUAUGUCUUUAUAUUACCAUUAUUAAAUACAAAUGUUAUUACUUUAUGACUGUAUUCAGGGUUGGGCGAAUAACUUGAAAAAUGUAAUCCGUGACUGAUUACAAUUACAUGAUAAAUAAAGUAAUCAGUAAAGUAAUCAUUUGGAUUUCUCAAAAUUAGUAACCUAAUCGGAAUACAUUUGGAUUACUUUUGCAUUACUUUCACUUCUAACACCCAGACAUAUUUUUUAAAUGCUUAAAAAUAUAGCUUUUUUUUUGUAACAUGGGUAUUUCCAAAUGGGGACUAGUGUAAGAGCCUAAAGAUCCUAUAAUUCACAUGUUCUAUUCUAUGUGUAAGACAGUGGAGGCUGCUGAGGGGAGGACUGCUCAUAAUAAUGGCUGAAACGGAGCAAAUGGAAUGGCAUCAAACAUGUGUUUGAUGUAUUUGAUACCAUUCCAUUCAUACCGCUCCAACCGUUACCAUGAGCCCGUCCUCCCCAAUUAAGGUGCCACCAACCUCCUGUGGUGUAAGAGCACAGUCAUAGGUUUCCAUACUAACCUUUUCACUAGGUGGCACCAGCCCAUGAUUUGGUUGCACCACAAUUGCUGGAGGGUCACCCAAUAUAAAUAAAUAUUAGCCUCAUCGUCUUAUAAUGUAAUUCAAAGAGUUUCAUUCUGAAGUGACUACUAAAAUAGUAUGAUUCAAGAAAUAAAUGGUUUAUUCUAACAUCAUAUUCAAGCACAAAUACAUGAUUCCAGAUAUAUUGAUGUGCAACCCCUAACCAGUGAUUGUCAUGAAUUUGGGGUUUGGCAACUAGGCAAUUGUUGUUAUUAUUUUACUAUGAAAAUAGGGUUCCAGAAUUUUCAUAUUUAUUUUGUUCAAUAGAUAAUUAUUUGUCUUUAUCUUUUUGGGCACUAAUAUCAUAUAGGCUAAUUUAUUUGGGACUAAUUACCCAACUGAGGAAGUGGUUAGCUAGAUUGCUAACUCAAAAUAUAGCCUAUUACUGAUAGUUAGCCGUGUAAUUGAUAUCUAACAGUACAUUUAAUGUAUAUGCCUAUGCACCCACCUUGAAUGGCCGAAUGCCCUUUGUGGAAUAUUAAAUACAAUUCAGACCAGAAAGCUGAGACCCUUUUCUCUUCAACUGUAACAAUAUUGGUUGCUUUCAAUAGUGUUUCCCCCGCGAUUAAGCCUACAUUUUGAAAUAUUGGGCAAUCAGAAAGCAUUUCACAAAGGAAAGAGAGAGUGAAACUGCACUGCUUCAAAGCAGCAAGCAGGAACUCUGUAGUCCAGACGAUUCGGAUUGACCAGUGAGCCAGGUGUAAAUGUUUUGGAAGCCUUACCUAUUCAUUCAACCACAAAAGGAGCCAUCCACCCUUGGUGGGCGAUCAUCAGAAUAAUAGAAUCUCUGAGAGCAUGUGAGAAGUGUUGAUGGUGCGCUAAAUGACAGCAAUGAUGACAAAGUUUUAUCAAAUGUUCCUCUUGAUAAUAGAUUAAGUAAUCCCGGAAGUAAUCAGCUGUUUUUAAGAAUGUAAGUAAUCCGAUUACACGUUUUAUAAAGUAAUCCGGGUUUAUUAGUUACUUCAUUUUUGUAAUCCGAUUACGUAAUCCCAGUUAUAUGUAAUCCGUUAUUACCCAACCCUGACUGUAUUACAUAAAACAGUAUGACAUCAUCUGUUCUCUUUUACGGAAGCAGAACAACUGAUUAUUUUGGCUCUUUAACUGACCUCUGUCUGUCUACAGUCCUGACCUCCAUGUCUGAGCGGGACUUUAUAGAGGGAAGGCGGCGUGCUCUGGGCCGGUUCAUCAACCUAGUGGCACGACACCCCUUCUUCUCAGAGGACGAACUGGUCAAGACCUUUCUCACCUUCAACGGCUCGGUAUGUCUCUGCUACUGAAAAGACCACCUUGCAUCAUCUCUGCUAGUUGUCUUCGCCAAGAUCACUUUGUUAUUGGGUUUGCCACGAAUAAUGACAGUAUUGCUCACACAACUUUACUCUCUCUCUCUCUCAGGACGUUCAAGUGAAAAUGCGUGAUGCUUGCAAGAAAAUGGGAGAUGAAUUCAUGACGAAUAGAAUGGCAACUCUGGCAAAGGUUUGUGUUGUUUCUAUUAUGAAAUACUGUAUCAAAUGACUUAGCUAUUUGAAAUCCUACUGAGAUGCAGCAGUGUGAGUCUUUGUACAUCUGUGCAAUAGGAAUAUCUCCCAGCUGAUAUCCAGGCCCAGUUUUCAUCAAGCAGGGAACUGAUCAAGAAUAUCCACAACAGCUUUCACAAGCUGCGGGACCGGGCAGAGAAGAUGGCAGAGCGCUCCAAGGAAAACGCCACUGAUUUGCUAAUGUUUGGAAGGGAGCUCAGGUACAGAACUCAGCAUUUAAGGGCAUAAAGCGCUCUUUCUCUAUCGCCACUCUCUACACAAGUGUUUUGGCCCAAGGAAAUGUAUUAUGUUAGCUAUCCCAAGGAUUUGUUUUUUUUCCUUUUCAUGGUUCUCACUUAAAAUCGUUUUUCUCAGCCGAGACACAGUACUGGUCCAUCUUCACUAGUUAUGCUUUCUGUUGCAGUACACUGGGCUCCGAUGGUUCACCCAUUCCCUCUCUGGCCUCAUCCCAAAGCACCUGGGGCAUUCUCCGUCAGUCUCUGAAAGGCCUUUCCGUAGAGUUUGCUCUGCUAGCCGACAAAGGUGCUCAGCAGGUACAAUCCAGCUGACUGUAUACGUACCACCUGCUCUACUGUGCUAUUGCCAAACUCUACCUGCGUGCAAAACAUAAUCAUUUAUUCAUUGAUAUCUUAAGGGGAGGAGAGAAGAGGACGAUGUUGUGGAAAAACUGAAUCUAUUCUUGGAUUUGCUGCAAUCAUACAGAGUAAGUUUGUUUGAGAAAUGUAAAAAAUGCAGUUACUGAAGAACUAUGUAACAACAUGUUAAUACAAUGUUACUAGUGUAAUUACAAAUUUACUACACAGGUAUAAGAGCAACUUAAUUUAGAGUGUUACCUAUAUAUAUGUCCCGUUUGGCUCAGUUGGUAGAGCAUGGCGCUUGCAAUGCCAGGGUUGUGGGUUCGAUUCCCACGGGGGACCAGUACGAAAAAGUAUGAAAAUGUAUGCACUCACUACCAGUGGCGGCUCCUGAAAAAAUUCUCAGGGGGGGCAAUUUUUCUGAUGAUUUAGGUGACCUACACAAAUUUUAAAAAAGAGAUGUCCAGCAACAACAUGAAGACAGGGGCAGCAUAUAAGUCAAUACCAGAAGCAUUUAUUGACUGAUCUCAAAAGUGUUGGCUUACCAGGGUUGGUGGAGCCCUCAGUUUCAUCUUUGCCUCGCAAAGCUAACUCAAACACUCCGCAAAACUUCACACACUGGAUUAGCCGGCUGAGGAUGUGGCGGUUCUUGCUAAUGUCGUAGUAAAUAUAUUUGUUAUAGUGAAUAUGGAAUAUGAUAUGUUGAGUAAAAUGUUGUGCUAAGAUCUAUUUAGGUCAGGAGCUGGUUAUAAGUUCUGUUCCUAUCCAAUAACAAUGGACAAAAGGGUCCUAUCUUGUCAGCCUUGUCAGUUUCAGUUCUCCAGUAAACUUGUGAUUAUCAACACUAACCUCAUCGUUGUGGCGGCGGACAGCUAGCCUGUAUCCCUCAUCCAGUUGAGUGGGAAUGUUCACUCUCCCCAAAGCAGACAAUCUCAAACAGCUAUCCAUGUGGGUCUUUGACAGCUCAUGUUUCUUAAUCUUUCCUGAAAGAUGGUGCAUGUCCGUUACACACCAGUCGCUGUCCAAGCGGUGCUGUCUGCCGUGCCGCCUUCAGGGUGAAAGAGUAAGCAGGGGGUAGCAGAAGACUGCAUUAGCUGCAUCGCAGCCUGCUAGCCAGGUUUUUCGUUCGUACCAAUUUUUGGAAAAUCCUCGGGUGUAGGACUUCCCCCCUUUAGUAGAAACCUGUUGAAUUAUUAAAUUUGGUCUGGGAGGUCCUAAUUGUUUCGUUGCCAAUUUAUCUUGAUUUGUUCGCCGACAAAAAGUAACUUAUUUCAAAGAGACAAUCGAGUUGCACUGAACGCUAUAGCCAUCUUGAUAGUAGUACGUGAAUUGAUUGAUGAGGCUACCCGCUCUUUUCUUAGUUACGUUCAUGGUUACGUUACGUAUGACGAAAGCGCGUAAGUGCAAGCCCUCAGAAACCCAUAGAGAUUGUAUUGAAAGCUCUGAUAUUUGAAAAAAAUAGAUUUUACAUGGGAGUCUAUGAGAGACUUCUGGGCGAUUUUCAACCUGACUGAAAUCGCCCCAAAAGGGGGGGGGGCCAUUUGAAGCACGACUUUAGCCUGAUUGGACAUUUAGUGGCACUGUGGCAGAUCAGACGUCUAGAUUACAACACUGAUAACUACUGUUGCCGUGAUAUAAUUGAUUAGAAAAAAAAUCCCUUCCUUUUCCCGUUUGGCAGUGCGUCGCCCAUAUCGCCCUAUUGAACACACCGCCCCUGCUCACUACUUACUGUAAGUCGCUCUGGGCAAGAGUGUCUGCUAAAUGACUAAAAUGUAAAAAUGUAACAGGGUAGAUGCUGCGCUUUAGUAAUGUCUUACCCUGUGUGUGUGUGUGUGUUCCAUAGGAUCUGUGUGAGCGGCAUGAGAAGGGAGUAUUGCACGAGCACCAGAAAGCGCUGCAGAAGUAUGGUAUGAUGAAGAGGCAGAUGAUGAGCGCCACAGUGCAGCCCAAAGAGCAGGUGUCUGUGGAGCAACUGGAGUCUCGCAUUGUGCAGGUUUUCUUUCUCAUUCAUUCUAUCUCUUUCCCUUCCCCUUUCUUUCUCUCUCACUCACUCACUCACACUCUCUCUCUCUCUCUGUGUGUGCUUGAAAACGCUGUUCCUUCCUCAUUCACUCAGGGUUGUCACACGUCAAAUCAACACUGUUUUGACAUUAUUAAUACAGCUUUGUCAGCUUCAUAGCACCCCUGCUAACAUGAACACUAUUCAAUCUUCAUUAUGCUGAGACCAAACAUCACAGGCCAAUCCAAUCUCCCUCGGAGAGACUGUGUCCUCUCUGACAUUGAGAGGAAGGAGGGAACAGCAUUUUCUCACAUGCCAUCAUUGGGGAGUUGAUUGAUACCCUGGUAUAAGGAUUGAUAUCCUGGUACAUCCUACCACAUUUCUCAUACUAAACCAUCUUAGGACGAUAUUGCAUUUGACAGUUGGGCAUUUCAGCCUUUAGAAUGGAUCUCAUAUGUCAUGUUUUUCAACACACUGACUCCUACAGACAAGGCCAUGACAGCAUAGUCUUAUGAUCAAUGGGUUUGUUCCUCUUGAUAACCAUCAUAUGGUUGUGGUUUGUGAAGUAAUAGUUUGUAUCCUCCCCUAACAGCAAGAGAACGCCAUUCAGACCAUGGAACUGCGGAACUACUUCUCCCUGUUCUGCCUUCACCAGGAGACUCAGCUCAUCUUCACUUACUUGCCCAUCACCUCUCACAUCCUGGGAGCCUUUGUCAACUCACAGGUCCAAGGACACCAAGAGGUGAGACUCACCUGGAAAUAUACAGUGUCAUGCAUGGAUUUCUAAGGCUUGAGUUGAAGCAGUAGAGGUCACAGUUCAUUAGGGGUGUGUGUGGAUUGUAACUAGAAUUGUAAUCUUUAAUAGAUACACAAUUAUAAGAUGAUCGUCUUUGAAUUUUGGUCAGAGGAUGCUUUCACUAUAACAGACUUCUUUGUUUGUUCGAUAACUAGAUGGGUGCAGUGUGGAAUGAUCUCCAGCCGAAGCUUGGGUGUCUCUUUGGUGUCAAUGGAAUGCAAUCCCCUCCUCUUACACCCAAAUAGACACCCAUGCUCUCUCAACAAGCAAUGAAGAUGCUGCUUUGCAAGCCAAGAUACAGUCAAAGUCUCAGAAGGGACUGAUGGUGAACUGUUUUCAUAAAACCUUGAAAAACACUACAAACUGUGCCUUAAGUAACAGUUGUGUGGUGGAGGGUAAACGCAAGUAGCCUAAUGCAGUGUACUCACCUCUUUGUCUUUAUGGGACAGUUUAUCCACCUUUUGCAGAAAAAUGCAUUGAAGUAUAGGGAGUGUUACUUUUUUUUCUGCUACCGGUGAUCAGUUUACCCACCAAUUUCUUUUUUUACCACUACAUCACUGAUUUCAAUGAAUGGAUGUGGUCUGCAGCUCAUGAUAUAUUAUACUGUACGUGCAUCCUCAUUAGGGAUGUCACAGAGGUUGAUCAAAGGAGCUCAUUUGGAAGUGGAAGAGUGCUUUGAAGAAUGUGUGCUGCUGCUGCUGCUGCACCACCGUUGAUGCUGCACCACCGUUGAUGCUGCACCACCGUUGAUGCUGCACCACCGUUGAUGCUGCCUUGCUGUACGAGAAGAGGACAAUAUUGCUUUCAUAAUUGAUAUACGGGGAACAUUUUGUUGAAAAGGAAUCCACAAAAAGCUGGACCUUUCUGUGUUAUUUUGUAGCUCACUGCCUUUACCAUAUGAGGGACUUCUUAGCUACACUUCUUGGAGGAUUAUUCAGCUAUGUUGAGGUAUAAUGUAGUGUCUUAUUGCAGGCAGACAAAUGUAAGAAUGUAUGUGCAUGUAAGAAAACACUAAUUAAGCUGAUUGACAAUGUUGCCACACAGGGAAGAUGUGUUUCCUGGCCGCAGCCAGGGGGCGGCAAUAUACCCUUUUGUGUUUAAAAUGACUAGUGUAAAUGUUUAAGCUGUUUAGAAAGAUUCUAAUCAGGGCACAGCCUCAUUUCCAAAAGACAGGCAAACCAAUAUAUAUUUAAGGAAAUGUAGUAGCAGCAUGCUAUUCAAUGGUUUGUUGUAAAAUAAAACAUAGACCACACUUGUGCAAUUGGGCUUGCUAGCUUGUUGUCUUUAUAUUCAUGCAAAGGACUUCAGAUUCCUUGCUUCAAUCGAAUCUUAGUUGCAACACUGUGAAAAGCUACUUCAGUUUCUACGCCUGAGCCGAGCAAGCUAUCAAGAGGAAGAGGUUUGAUCAAAUUAAAAUAAUGUGUGAUUUAUGGCUGUUAUAACACUCCGUGACCAUUGGUGAACAUACCAAAGAAACCAAAUGUGCUCUGUGUUAAUGCUUCUAACCUGUUUGCAAUGUUUCAGUUUCAAUUAAGAUUAUAUGGUGGUUCAGUGUUUUCUCAAUGUAGAUUUGAAGAAAACUAAAUAGAAUAUUUUUCUUUGUGUAUGUAAUAUUCUCUGAUUUAUCAUUUAUCUUGUCCUUUUAUUCAAAGGUAUACAUUACAAUUCCAUGUCUAAAGAAUAAGAUUGUUGGUAAAGUUUGUCAUUAUUUGAUCUGAUUAAAAGUUUAACCAGCAAUUUUUCACUCACAAUUUUGAAUGUUUACGUAACCUCUCUGUUCUUGCAAAAUUCACCCUCUUCUUGCAGGAUGGGCAAAUUGCAUGUAUUUUACACGUAAUGAAUGAGGCUGUGUAAUAAACAAUGUCUCCCAAUUAGAACUGAGUAAUAUUAGAGAGCUCCGGGGCAAUAUGUUGUUAUUCUAUGCAUUAUUUUUAGUCUUCUCUGUGGAACUGUUAAUUGGUUCCUCACAAGUUCGUAUUAUUGUGUCAGAGAUAUUGUCAUAAUAUUUUUGGCAAGUCUCAGAUAAUGAGAGGAACAAAUGUUUUAUAUGAUCUUUGAGAAAGAAAAGAGGAACUAGGUGAAGGAUGUAGAUACAGGAAAGUUUAACUAUUGUACAGUUUUAUGUUGAAUCUCACUUGACGUUAAAUAAAAAGUAUCAGAUACCGGUCUCAUUAUUACCCUUAUGAUACUAAAUUGAAUUAAACACGAUGUUGAACAAUCAAAAUCAUUGUCAUUCCAAUUUACCAUACCACCUUUUUGAGAAAGUAACAAAAGAGGUGCAGCACAUACUUCAACAAUUUAAUAUAAACAAACACAAUAGUGGAAUGGGAUACAUAUGUCAUCAAC